AGUUUUGUGUAGUUUCUAUGACAUACAUAUAUUUAGAAUACGUGAAUAUAUACGGUGGACUUGUGAUAUCAACUUGCUUUCGGGGAUCCAUUAUUGUGACCUAGUUAUAUCAAGUCACGUGACCCACUGAGAGGGAAAUACGAACUGUGAAUACUGUAUUUACAUUGUGAUGACAUGGAGACUGCCGAUGAUGGUGUGGCGAGAAGAAAAUUAAAUUUCGGUGCAAGAUCUUUCGCUAAUAAGACUUUCUAUGUGGACGUAAGAAGUGUUUCUGUGAGGAAUAAGGUAGUAAAGCAUAUUCACGAUUUAGGAGGUAACGUAGAGACUUUUCUGGGCAACGAUAUCCACGUUUUUGUUACAGACACCAAGAACAACAAACGCCAAGAUCGUGUACGUGAACUCAGUCGUAAUAAUACCAGAGAUGGGAGUUCUUAUCCUGAUAGUCCAUCCCCCGGGGGAAGCUGCCUGCCCCUUAGUCGAGGUAAAGCCCUCCUUCUCAAGGCCAGAGGGAAUGGGAGUGAAAAUUCAAGUGCAGUGGAUCGGGGGCUCAGUAGUAAUGUUAUGAUACAAAAAGCCACAGAAAUGGGGCUAAAAAUAGAACACGUUCACACGUUUUUAAAGAAAUGUAAAACAUUAACUGGGUCAAGUAAAAUUAAAAGUAAACGCGAUACACUUGGCGAUAUAGUGCCUUUAACUUGGGACAAUGAUAUUAUAGUGGUCAAAAUAGAAGAUGCCUCCAAGUCAUAUAAACCAUUACAUAAGCAGUUCAGUAAAUUACCUAUGGUGUACGCAGAUAAUGGGGGCGGAUCACCCUUUGAUGGUCCUGUGGUGUUAGAAAAGCCAGAAUGUGUUAAAAGUUUUAAGAAAGCUAAAUCGACUAGAUUUUACACUGCCAAAGGUGGUUAUUGUGAAAUGUGUGACUUUUAUUUUAAGAAUUCAUUAAAGGAGCAUUUGUUAAGUGAAAAACACCUUUCGUUCGUUGACGACGAGUCUAAUUUUAAGGGUAUUGAAACGGUCGUUGACAAACUACCAAACAUUAGCAAAUUUUUAUCUAAAUUCUGCAUUAAUCCGCGACCGGCAAAUUCAAUUAACCCGGUUGAUCCUAGUGGACCUACUAUUGAUAAAAGAAUAGAAGAUGAGAAUAAUAAUACGAAUGAAAUUGUCAUGGAAAAAGAAAAAGAAUCAAGUGAAAAGACGGAAAUUAAUGAUGACGUGGUUGUGCCCAUGGAGGACGAAGAACAAGAUUUUACGUCCAGUGACACGAUUAUCUAUGAUUUCCAAGACCAGUAUAAGGGAGAUAACUCCAUUUUACCACCCUCAACUAAAGCAGACGCCGAAGCUGAACCGAAUAACGUAGAAUAUGCGACAAAUAUGUUUAGUGACGAUUCUCAACAAGAUUCCCAAACUGACGUUCUAAAAGACCUGAUUCAUAAUUGGACUUUAAGUGAGGCGCCAAAUAUAUCCUCAGUUUCGAGUCUAGUUAAUUUCGACGUUAUGUCUUGUGGUACACAUGACACCAAUGAACAUAAAAAUAUUGUGCCCGGAAAAGUUGUUCCCGGUUUACCAAAGCCUGUUGGCGUGGAACCGUCGUACAGUGACUCGGAACCAGAAGUCGGUAUGUCUUUUAGCACUCCCAGAGCCGAGGAAAACAGUUCGUCUGGCGAAAUGCCGCUCCUAUCCCCACAAUUGAAUCGAAAACAAACCGCCGUCGAAGCGAUCGAGAGAACAAUGCCGGUAAUCAACGAUGAUCGAGUUAAGCCCCAAAAACGCAAACACGACGAUGUGUUAGACGAGUGUGUGUAUUAUACAAAGAAAACAGAUGACACUAAGCUUAAAAUUAAACUAUGUAAAGUGACACCCGCAAGACAGAAAACUAAUUUGAAAAUGUUUUGGAAAGUGCGAAAAACGGGAGAAUGUCGACUUGUGUUUAGCGCCGGUAAAUCUAAAAAACCCUUAGGGGAAUCAAAUGAUUUGAAUAGUAAUAUCCAUGAAAAUAGUCCGUCCAGAAAACGACAAAGAACUCUAAACUUUUAAUUUCGAUUUGUCCAAAUCACGAUAUUGUUACACCAAAGACCAUUGAUAACUCGGUUAUAACUUAUUAUUUUAUUUUGACAUUUUUAUUUAUUUUAUCUGCAUAAUACUCAAACUGACAUUUUUGUGGGUCCUGUUUUAUUAUCACAUUUGAUUUUAUGGAUGUGCAAUAAUCUGUCCAAAUGUUGACUCGUGUGCAAGGCCAGUAGGUCUACAUUUAUAAUUAUUUUUCGCCUAUUUCUAGUGUCGAACUAACAUUGGAAUCUCAAUCCAUUCAGUACCCAAUUAACUUAGUCAAACGUUGGGCAAUUUAUAAUGUGAUAUUGUGUUAGUUGUUUCUUUUUUUUACAUUUAAUUUGUAGGAUAUUAAACCCGAAAAUAUUUGUCAAGUGCAAAUUGUUUUUCUUCUGAUUAUGUACUUAUUUCAUUUUUUGGAUAACAGUUAUUAACACAUUGUCUCUGUUGCUAGCAACAGUCGGCGGUUUUAAUAGAUCCGAAAGGCUAUUUUUAUAUUUUAAAUGAAAUCCCGAACCUUUGUGCUAUGUUUACACAGAGAAGACCAUUUCUUAUUUGUGUUAUAAAUUUCAAACUGGACUACAUGCGUUUUAAGUAGGCGCUUGAAUCUAAACAAAAAUCCAUUUUCUUGUAUACCAGUACACCAUUUUAAUUGACAUAAUAUAGUGAAAUUCUGCAAUUACAUUCACGUUACUUUUAUUAUGAUGUGUAAUAAUAUUGUUAAUACGUUUUUUUUUGUAAUAAA